AUUUUUCAUCGGUAGUCCGCUUGUAGUAGACCAGCUGACGUUUAGUACGAAGUCUGGCUGUGAUGCAUGAAUAGAUGCAACACUGUGAGCAGUCGUCUCCACAAUUUUCGCGCGAUGUAUUAGAGAUUCGUAUUUCGUCUUUUUUUUCAAAUUUUUAUCUGUUUUUAGGUGAUAAAUUUCAUCAUUUGUUUUAUUUACGUUUAGAUAAUGUAUCAAAACGAGAUUUUUAUUUUAGUAAAUUGCAAAGUUUAAUUUUAUUUGUGGCUUUCGGUAAAACUGUGGAAAUAUGAGUGACUUUUAUUUGGUGUGGAUUCUGCUCGUUAUAAAUUUGGGAUUCGCUUUGAAUUCUAAACCUACACUAGAAAACAUGUUUUCUCUUCAAAGAAACAUGGAUUCCAUGUACAAAAAUAUGACUAUGGAAUAUUCAGAUUGGACCUUUUGGAGUAGAUGUAACAAAUGUGUUCAAAGAAGAAUGAAAGAAUGUCUGCGAGAAGGUUGCGAAGGACACAGAAUAUACCAAGAAAAACCUUGCGACCAAAAACGAUGUAAACGAAAAUCCAGACAAAAAAAUAGUUUCAAAAUUGUACAUUUGAAUAAGAACAGCAACUAUCUGAUGAAACAAGGUCCUUCGGAUAUUUGGAGUAGAUGGAGCGAAUGGACGUCUUGUAAUAGGAGUUGUAGGACUUCAAGGAAUAGGAAAUGUAAAAAACCGAGUAGAUGUGGAAAGAAAAUCCAAACAGAAAACGCCUAUUGUUAUCACAACAAAACUAAAUGUGAAAUUUACGUACUUAAUUUGAUAGAUAGAAAUAAAACUAGAGAUUCGAGAAAGUAUCACUACGACAGCAGUACCAACCGUCACAACAACACUGUCAGCCAAACUCGUAAAAAUAAAAGAACCAAAAGAUGCGGGAUACCCAAUAGAAAAUCCACAAUGUUGCGUAUAAUAGGCGGAGUCGAAGCCAGAAGGUAUAAAUGGCCUUGGCAUGUUGCCGUUUUGAACCAGUAUGGAGAAGCGUUUUGCGGCGGUACCCUAAUUGCACCACGAUGGGUACUAACAGCGAAUCACUGUAUUAGAAAAUUCCUGAAAGUGAGACUAAACUCGCACGAUUUACGAUCAACCGAUGGUAGCGAUCUUGAAAUGACGGUCUACAAGAUGUUUCCACAUCCUAAGUUCAGUUAUAAAACAGUAGAUAACGAUAUCGCUUUGUUGAUGUUACCUAGAGCCGUUAAGACGCCUAUAGCUUGCCUACCCGAUAGAAAACCGAAAAUCAGGCAGAUUUGCUCGGUAAUGGGAUGGGGAAAAGUUAAUCCGGAUCACGUUUUCGGAGUACCUGUUCUUAAUGAAGCGAAGCUACCGAUUGUUCGUCAAAAAACCUGUCGUAAAUCAUAUAAACAGUUCAUGAUAAGCGACAAUAUGCUUUGCGCUGGUUGGUAUUCGGGCAGAGCUGAUACUUGCGCCGGAGACAGUGGUGGGGGUCUGAUGUGUCCGACUAGAAAAAAUAAAAAAACGUCCUACAGUAUCCACGGGAUCACCAGCUUUGGAGACGGUUGCGGAAGGCGACAAAAAUAUGGAAUUUACACUACGGUGUAUAAUUAUAUCGGCUGGAUUAAGUAUAUAAUCGAUCACUAUUCUUAAUAAUAUAAAAUUUCUAAUAAUUUUUUUAUUAUCUCCGUAUUUUUUCAAUCACCCUGUAUAUUAAAGUAGUAUACGGGAUUGAUAUUUAUUCUGACGUCAUACUAAACACGAUAUUAAUCAAAACCGGUAGUGGCUACUGUUACUUUGUUGUAUGCGUAAAUAUAACUAUUUAAAUGUUUUGUCGUUAUAUAUAUAUUUUUUUAAUAUUAGCCGAUUUACAAAUAAAAAAAAAACUAUAAAAAACUAAUUCAAACAAUGUUAACCAAAGGUUAUGCUUGUCUCCCAGCGGCCAUAUUGGUAUUACAAACGUCAAAAUAUUUUGAAAACUACUGGAUUGUAGGAUUGAUGAAUGAUAAAUGACAGCUAUCAGAAGAAGUCGACAUAAAUCCUUAUGAAUAGAAUUAAAUUAAUGUUACAACUUUUUACUUCUUAAACCUUUUUUAAUAUCUGUUUGUUUAUAACUAAUCAUGAAUUUAGGUUUGUUCUAAUUUAAAAUUAGUUUUUGAAAAAACUAUUUCAGUUUUUAUCUAUGGAGUUAAUAUUAAAGAUAGAGAGAGCGAGGUAUGACAGUUCUAGAACUGUUGAUAGAGAGAGAAAUAACUUUGUAUCUAUCUCUCUAUUCUCUAUUUUGAUUGGAUCGCAAUGACGUCGAAGUUUCAAGUAGUGGGAACAGCAAAGUAAGAGAAUAACAAAUUUUAAUUCUUUUCGCAAGUAGAGGGUGAAAGGGAGCGGUAAACUUUUCUUUCUCUUCCAAUACAGUUCCACUUACAUAUCGCUCUCUCUAUCUUUAAUAUUAACUAUGAUUUUAAUCACAAUAGAAUUUGACAUUGACAAUUGACAUUAUGUAAUUAUAAUUAAAAGACAAAUGUAAGUAUACGUUUUUACCGUUAAUUUGUGUUAUCAUGUUUAUUAUUACUGACGUCAGAAUAAAGGAGUGUAUAAUUAAGUGACCGCACUGUAUUUUGAUUAAAUGUAGUUUUUUUUAUUUAAUUUAUAUACAAUCUUGAUUACUUCGACGAUAUUACAGUGUAAAUUAAAUAUAAUGUAAGUUUUAAUUUCUUUUCUAUGAAAAAUACUUUUGAAACAUAAUAAGGAAUAUUUCGACUUAUAAAGCAUCACGUUAAGAAUGUUUUGUUCGAUUUUAUGAGUUUAUUGUGUAGUAUAAUGAAGAAACUAUAGAAAUUUACUCCCGAUUUUCUUUUUUCUUCUGAUUUAGGGGUUAGGUUAGGUUAGUCUCAUCGAAAAUAUUAUUCCAACUAAAAAUCUUUCUGUUUAGAAUGUUUCAAUUUAAUUUAAUUAGUUGCUUGUAAACUAAAUUGACCUAAUUCGCUUUAUAGAAUUAGAACUGGGUAAAUUUCUGUUUAAUUGUUUUUAAUCAAUAUAAUCUAGUCAUUAUCAGCUACUAAACUAAACUGAAGGUGUAAUUGACUGCCAUAUAGAUUUAGGGGCGUAACGUAGGUUAAGGGCGUUAAUUAGGAUUUAAUAAUAAGAUAAUUUUGUAUAUACCAAUUAUUUAGUUUAUAUAAUAAACUUGUAAUACUUCA